UCUCUCUCUCUCUCUCUCUCUCUCUCUCUGGUGUGUGUUAGGUGUCUGCAAGAAGAAGAGGAGGAGGAGGAGGAGGAGGAGAAUGGAGGACAUUUUGGGGCUUCUGAAAAUUCGGGUGAAGCGAGGCAUCAACCUCGCCGUCCGCGACACCCUCAGCAGCGAUCCUUAUGUCGUCGUCUCCAUGGCUCAUCAGAAAUUGAAGACUCGGGUGGUGAAAAAAGAUUGCAACCCAGAAUGGAACGAUCAGCUGACUCUUUCCAUAAAGGACCCCAACAUUCCAAUCAAUCUAACUGUUUACGACAAGGACACGUUCACCGUGGACGACAAGAUGGGAGAGGCCACAAUCGACAUCAAGCCAUACCUAGAUGCUAUAAAUAUGCGCCUGGAGAACCUCCCGACCCCCACCACGAUCACCAGAGUCCAGCCUUCCAAGGGCAACUGCCUGGCGGACGAGAGCUCGAUUGUGUGGAGAGACGGCAAGAUCUACCAGGACAUGGUGCUCCGGUUGAACAAUGUCGAGUCUGGCGAGGUGGAGGUCCAGCUGGAGUGGGUCGACCUCACCGGUGUCCCUCGACAGCUGUGAGUUUCCCCGGGGGAUGGCAGGUGAAGAGAGUGUGUGUGCUGUGAUUGUUUCUGGAAUACGAUGUAAAUGGAUCGUCCUUGCGUUGCUUCGGUGAGCUGCCUUGUAAUAUGAAUACAUCUACUGGCUUCAGUAGAUGAAUUUAUGAUUUGAAGUUAACCUCUCGAGUGAAAAGUUUGGUGGAUUGAAU